UAGAUAUAGAUAUCCCACAGCGCAACUCCCCGCUCGAUUUUCUACCAUUAUCUUCUGCAAUUUAUUCAAGUUUUUCUUCUACACUGAACUGAACCCUAUCUGUACUGGGAGGAUACUACCAGGGCUUUUGUUGAUUGUAAAUGGAGACGUCACUCAGGUAUGGCGGAGAUUCCAAGUCUCUCCGAAUUCACGCCAAGGAAAAAUUGCCCCUUGGUGCCAACGCUCUCUGCCAGCUUGAUGGAGAGCUAGACACCAGAUACGGGACCCCGACUUGUGUGAAUGCGAUGAUAAGAUACUUCUAUCCUGAUUUAUCAGCGAGCUUUGGUGUGGGAGUUCGAUACAAUAACAAUAAGCGUAAGCUACACUAUAACUUACGUGGGAAGAAGGCAUUUCCAGUAUCCUCUGAUGGAAUGCUGAACUUCAACAUUAAGGGUCGAUACUACUUUGAUGAGGAGUUUAAAGAGUUAAACUAUACUGGUGCUGCUGAAUUUACUUGGAACAUCUUCAACGUAAAAAAGGAUCAGGACUUGCGUCUCAAGUUUGGAUAUGAUGUUCUUGAUAAGGUCCCGUAUUUGCAGAUUCGAGAAAACAAUUGGACCUUCAACGCUGAUGGAAAUAGGAGAUGGAAUGUAAGGUACGACCUGUGAGAUGGGCGUCUUAUCAAAAUUGGGUUGGUAUGUGAAGGAUGAUUUACCAGUAAAUUUAUUAGAUUUUAUUGAUGCUAAUUUGAGAUGCAUUUACCGUACUUUCUUAACAAGAAAGUCUGACUUGGGGUUUGAACAUUAAUUUCGAAUUGUUUCAUUAGCGUUUUGCAAAAUCUCAUCGGUUGUAAUUCUUCGAUAUCAUCAAGAUUUGUUUCAGCUGAUGCGUAUGAUUGAAUGAACUAGAGAUGUGUUCCUUUUCUUCUAUUUUCUUUCAUUUUUUUACUCUAAAUUGAAUGUUGUAAUAGUAUAUUUUCCUUAUUGACGAUCUUGAGGAUUUUACAUAACCUACAUGUAAUGUUAUUGCACCAUGAAAGUUUGUGAAACGUGUAGUGCUGGAAUUUUGGAAUGACCGAAAGUAUUGUAUUCAUGGUGAAACUAAUGCCAAGCUUUCUAUAUCUCUAUAUAUUAGUUGCCUCUACAUAGGGAAAGGAUUAACUUUGAUUUUAUGAAACUUGUACUUGAUCUAAGAUAUCUAUCCUGCAUUUAUACGGUGG